UGGGCGAUCUGCGCUAACACCCCCGGGGGAGCCCGCCAUGCAGUUACUAGUCACGGUCAUCCUCACCCUGUGGGUCUCCUGGGCUCGUGGACAAGAAAUAGCAUGUGACCCUCCAAUAAUUGAAAAUAGUUACUACAUUCCUAAAAGGACCAAUUACGGACUGGGACAAGAAAUCACCUACUACUGUACAACUGGCUUCUUCCCUUCCUCCUGGGGAAAUACUGCAACAUGUACUGACAAAGGCUGGGAUCCUCCUCCAAGAUGUAGCUUAAAUCCCUGUGAAUUCCCAAAAUUAAAGCAUGGACUCCUAUACAAGGAAAACACGUAUAGAUCAUACUUCCCAGCACCGAUAAAACAAUGGUUCUACUAUUCCUGUGAUGAAAACUAUGUGACUCCUCCUGAAGGUUUCUGGCAUUACAUUACUUGCACGGAAGAUGGAUGGACUCCGGAGGUGCCCUGCCGCAGAAAGUGUGUUUUUAAUGAUUUGGAACAUGUACGUACUCCACCUAAAGAACAAAGAUUGUUACAGGGACAGUCUAUCAAAAUUGACUGCCUUCCCGGCUACAGUCUCCUAAACCCACAGGGCACAGUGACCUGUACGGAGAAUGGCUGGUCCUCGCCUCCCAGAUGCCUCAAGCAUUGUGACAUGCCCAUAUUUGAGAAUGCCAGAGCCGUAAUCACCGGAAAACCAUUUCGACCUAAUGACACGUUGGACUACCAGUGCCUGGAUGGCUACGAAAACACAGAUGGAAGCACCAACGGCUCCAUGGUGUGUGGUGAGGGCGGCUGGUCCCACUUGCCAACCUGCUUUAAAUCUUCAGAAAAGUGUGGGCCUCCUCCAGGGAUUAGCAAUGGCGACAUCACCUCCGUCACGUUAAAGGUGUAUUAUCCGUGGUCAACAGUGAAAUACCAAUGCCAGACCUACUAUCAAAUUCAGGGUCCUAAAUAUGUCACCUGUAGUUAUGGAAAGUGGUCUGAAGUCCCGAGGUGCAUGGGUAAGUUCUCAAGAUUCUUCUGGAUCCUGAGACCAUGA